AUGCUAUCCCCAUCGCCCGUCGGCAACACGACCCCUGGACAAUGGAACCCCAGACCGGCCACCAGAACACGCACCGGCACCCAGAGGAAGGUGUACGGGAAACGGAAGGCGGAUGCACCAAGGGCAGUCUUCGAGCAGGGAAGUCCGGCUAAAGAUCUCGAAAGGGCAGCGAAGAAGAUCGGAAAGGAUGCUGUGGACGAUAUCCGGACCAAGCUGGCUGAGGUUACGAUAAAGGAGACGCCCGUGGCUUCUGUAGCUGAAGCAAAGGAGGAGGAGGAGGAGGAGGAGGAGGAGGAGGAGGAGGAGGAUAAUGCUGCCGAAACGAUUGAACUUAAGGAUGAAGCACCUGUGCCAGACGAGACGCACACCCCGGACCUCGAGAAGCAGGAUACCGAAAGUACCACAGAAGCCGGACCGAAGCAAAGUACCAAAUGCACCACAGAGGGAAACGAUACUGCAAGAACAAGAGAGACUAGGAGGCGGAAGCAGGAUACUGGAAGCACCACAGAGAGCAAGGAGCCGAAGCAGGACGCUGAAACCACUACAGAAAGCAGCGGGCGCCGGGCAACAAGGAAGGACAAGCCCGCACCUCGACUGUCCUCUGGAUGUGUGACAGACGAAAAAGCCAAUACAUACGUCCGGUCUAUCCUUAACGAAGCGUUGUCUCCAGCUGCUGCGCUGAGCGCCCAAAAGUUCGGGUCUUGGGCUGCACGCGCGGGCAACUUCCUCGAGGUGGUGAAACUCGCAGAGGGUUCCUACGGAGAGGUCUACAAGCUGCGCCUACGAGAAGAGCUAUGCAAGAAGGAAAUGUCCAGAUCGAAGCUUGCGCGCCUGAAGGCCUACGGUGACGGCGUGUUCAAGAUCGUGCCCCUGCGGGCUCAGAGCGGCCCCGGCUCGAAGAAAUUCACCAGCAUCGACGAAAUCGUAUCGGAGGUCAAGAUGCUCAAAUACCUAGACCCGAUCCCAGGAUUUGCCCGCUUCCGAGAAAUCCACGUCGUCCAGGGCCGGUUCCCCGAGUCUUUCCAAAAGGCAUGGGACCAUUAUAAGAAGACCAAGGACGACUGUCUUAACCCCAACCCAUCCAGCAAACGGGCCUACCCCGACACACAGCUCUGGGCGAUUAUCGAAAUGGACGACGCGGGCUGCGAGCUGGAAAAGUUCUCGUGGUCAUCCAUCUUCCAAAUCUACGAUAUCUUCUGGGGAGUCGCGAUGGCGCUCGCUCGUGCUGAAGAAUACGCCCUCUUUGAACACCGAGACCUCCAUCUCGGAAACGUCUGCAUAAGAAGCACCCGCCCGGGAGGCCGCAUGGACCCGCCCACCGACCACGAGCUGCUCAACCACUCCCACACAAGCGGCUUCGGUCUCAGCACCCUCGAAACCACCAUCAUCGACUACUCGCUCUCCCGCGCCGAGCUGCGCCUGAGCGAGGACACCGAAGUGGUGGAAGUUGCCUCCUCCGACCUCGACAAGAAAGAGAUCUUCGAUGCCGUAGGUCGCGACGAGGACGAGAUUCUCCUCCGAAACACCUACCGAUACAUGCGCGCCCAACUCUACCACGGCCAACCCCUCCAAACCGAGAAAUGCCCCGACAUCCCAGGCAUCUGGGCCGAAUCCGCCCCGCGCACGAACCUAGUCUGGCUCGUCUUCCUGCUCAAAAACCUAUUGAAGAACAAGAAGCAAAGCGAGGACGUGUCCGCGUCCGUGUCAUUGCCUCCAUCAACAAGACAGCCUCUCGCGCCAUGCUCACCUAACAAGGGUAUGGCCAUGAAAUCCACAGCUAAUUCGGACAAGAAGAAAGAGAGCAGUACUACUACUACUAGUCGUAGCACCAAGCCGAAGAUCCUUCCAUCAGAGACGGCUGUGAGCGGGACUGUGACUGCCGCGUCGCAGCAAUAUAUCUCCCAGCUGAAGAAGACGCUGGAGGACCGACUGGCUACCGUUUUGGAGCUGCUGGAUCUGGAGCACGGGCAUGAGGAUAUGUGCUGUGCGGCGGAUUUGGUGGCGUACGCGAUUGAUACGCAGUGGUUGGGGGAGCAGGAUUUCUUUUGA